AUGUCUUCGAUUAACCCAUAUAAUAUAGGUGCUAGUAGUUCAAAUGGGGAGAUAUCGGGUUUGGAUGCGAUUUAUAUAUAUGUAGCAAUUAUGUUUCUAUUAAUUGGGUACGCGAUUUAUAUGUAUCUUAAAGAAAGGGGUACGUGCACUGCAGAAGUAUCUCUAGAAUUCAAUAAUAGAACGGAUACUCCCCUUAGCACACCUAUAACCACAGAACCUAUUCCAGUACCCUCCUACAGUGAGAUAGAUAUACUUGAUGUUCCUCCAUCCUAUGAAAGCCUAUUCCCAAAAGCAGGGCCAAGCAUAGGAAGUAAAGGGGCAGGACCAUCCUCAUAA